UUUAUUAAAAAAAAAAAAAUGAUUUUUGUAAUUACUAAUUAGUAUACUCUGACAAACUGCAGCCUGUAUAUCAUAAUAUUUUGAUGAAUUUGAUGUACAGCUGCUCGGUAGUAGCAACUAGCAGUUUGUAAUAACCGCAAGUUUGUGUAAUAUUAUGCGUAAUAAAACUUGCCUGGUACCUAACUAUCGGGACUUGCAUUUAAACCGUUUUUACCCACCAAACUUUUUUAACCGAUAAAAAAACAAUUUUGACACAGCAGCAACUAUGGACGCAGAUGUGGAUUCCGCUUGGAUAUCCACACAAGCUAUUGUAAGUACUGAUAUCCAACCGGACAACGAACGAGAAAAAAUUCAUGAUUAUGGUUGCAUUGUUUUAAAUGGUAUGGUUGACAAUGGGCGUUAUAUACUCAAAGAAGGUGAUAAUACAAUUGGACGACAUCCCUUAAAUGAUAUCUACAUCGAACAUCCGUCAGUGUCAAUGAAUCACGCUGUUAUUCAAUGUGAUUCUGACGGUGUUGUUCUAUUAGAUAAAGGAAGUUUAAAUAAAACUAAACUUAAUAAGAAAAACUUGAGGAAAGAUGUUGCUUAUUUUCUUGAAGAAAAUGCUUUAUUGAUGUUUGGAGAAGUCCAAGCUGAUUAUUUCAUAAACGGAGAAUCUAAUGAAGUUACAAAUAAUAGCAAAUCCAUAGCAUCAGAUAACAUUUCUGCACACAAAGGAACGCAAAAUGAUGGACUUUCCUUAUCAAAAUUGUCUAAUACAAUCAAUACUUCAAAAUCUUUUAGAACAGACAUACCUAAUGCAAUUACUGAUUUUAAUGUAUCCUUAAUCAGAAAUAGUUCUACGUGUCGAAUAGAAAAAGAAGUUUCUCAAACCAUUACUGGAUCUGAAAGUGCUAUGAAUACUCUCAAUGAUAUACACACAGAAUUAAAUUCUUCAAGUCCCAGUGAUGAAUAUUUAUUAGAAGCUCUUAGCCAAGUAGAAACAAUGCAAAAUAACAUACAUUCUAACAAAAUAUUUAACAAUUUAUCAAAUAAAAAUACUUCUAUAAUAAACCCAACAGAAUCUAUGCCUAAAAUAACACGAGAAGAUACUCCUAGUCCUGUAAUGGAUCUUGGAAGUUCAUUUGUAACUACUAACAUAACACCGGAAAGUAUAUUUCAGUCUCCUAAUAAAAUGAAUACAGAAUUAAUUCGAGAAGACACUCCUAGUCCUGUAAUGGAUCUUGGAAGUUCAUUUGUAACUACUAACAUAACACCGGAAAGUAUAUUUCAGUCUCCUAAUAAAAUUAAUACAGAAUUAAUUCGAGAAGACACUCCUAGUCCUGUAAUGGAUUUUGGAUGUUACAAUGAUUAUUUUGAAAAUAAACUUGAAACCAAUAAUCAUGAUGUAAUAUCAGCCAUUCAGUCCCCAAAUAAAGAUGACAAAUUCAAUAAUACUCAAAUUUUGGAAAUACCUAAUCUUAAAUCUGAAAAUGAAUCUAUUUCAAUAAAUCAAUCAUUUGGUGAGAAACAAAAUGUAUCUAUGAAUAAUUUCAAAAAUAGUUUUGAUGCAGAUGACAAUGAUAUUUUAUUUUGUGAAUCCCAGAAAGUUAAAUCUGGUGAUCAAUCAAGUAUUCCAACUACACAUUUAUUUAAUGUUCCCAGUAAUUGCAACUUAUCAAGUUCAAACAAUAUUAAUUCAAAUAAACAAUACUCUGUAAAACCAGCAGAACCUUUAAACAUAACUAAAAAAAGUCGGAUACACAAUGAUGGUCUAAACAGUGUUUCUGAACAAAAUAGAUUACCAUUAACAAUAUCUAAUUUGAAAUCUGCCACCGAAGGUCAUAAUAUUGAUAAACAUAAAAGAAAUGUUAAUACUUUUGAAGCGGAUGAUGAUGAUAUUUUCAGUAAUUUUAUUGAAGAAGAAUGUAAAUCUCAGCAACAAAAUUUAAAUUUGCAUGAAAAUCAAGACUUUUUCAACUGCCCUACACAAAAAAAUUCAAUUCCUAAAAAGGAAAAUGAAAAACCAAAAAUAUCUUCUUCAAUAAACGAAGAAGAAACACAAAAACCUCAAGAACUUUCAAAACUCAGUAAAACAAAAACUAGUACUUCAAACAUUGACUCUAAUAGUAUUAAUGGAGACUUAAUAGAGGUUCUUAAAAAAGAUAAUGAAGACUUUUUCGAUUGUCCAACACAAAAAUUAAAUAUUUCUAAAAAAAUAAAUCCCAAACCAAAAGUUCCUUCUACAAUACAUAAAGAAGAAAUUCAAAAAUUUUUUGAAUUCUCAAAACUAAGUAAUAAUAAUUUAAUUGUGUCAAAAAGUCAUUCAACCAGUAUUCAUGAAGAUUUAACACAGAUCCCUGAAAUGGAUGAUGAUUUUUUCAACUUGCCUACGCAAAAAAUUUCAAUUUCUAAAAAGGUAAAUGAAAAACCAAAAUUGUCUUCUUCAAUACAGGAAGAAGAAACGCAAAAAUCAACAGAGUUUACACAACUCAGUAAAACAAAAACUAGUACUUCAAACAUUGACUCUAAUUGUGUUAAUGAAGACUUAACAGAGGUUCUUAAAAUAGAUAAUGAAGAUUUUUUCGAUUGCCCAACACAAAAAUUGUCAAUUACUAAAAAAGUACAUCUAAAACCAAAAGUUUCUUCUACAAUUCAUGAACAGGAAACUCAAAAUAUUUUAGAAUUCUCAAAACCUAGCAAAAAUAAUUUAACCGUGUUAAAAAAACAUUCAACUAGUAUACAUGAAGAAUUAACACAAGUUCCUGAAAUGGAUGAUGAUUUUUUCAAUUGUCCUACUCAAAAAUAUGCAUUGGCUAAAAAGAUAAAUGAAAAACCAAUACUAUCUUCUUCAAUAUAUGAAGAAGAAGCACAAAAACCUUCAGAGCUCGCACACCUCAGUAAAACAAAAAAUAAUACUUCUAUCAAUGAUUCUAACAGUAUCAAUGAAGACCUAACAGAGGUUCUUAAAAUAGAUAAUGAAGAUUUUUUCAAUUGCCCAACACAAAAAUUGUCAAUUACUAAAAAAGUACAUUUAAAACCAAAAGUUUCUUCUACAAUUCAUGAACAAGAAACUCAAAAUAUUUUAGACUUCUCAAAACCUAGCAAAAAAAAAUUAACUGUGUCGAAAAAACAUUCAACUAGUAUAAAUAAAGAAUCGACACAGAUCCCUGAAAUGGAUGAUGAUUUUUUCAACUGUCCUACUCAAAAAUAUACAAUGUCUAAAAAUAUAAAUGAAAAACCAAUAAUAUCAAAUUCAAUACACGAAGAAGAAACACAAAAACCUACAGAGCUUGCACAACUCAGUAUAACAAAAUCCAAUACUUCUAGCAUUGAUUCUACCAGUAUCAAUGAAAACCUAACAGAGGUUCUUAAAAUAGAUAAUGAAGAUUUUUUCGAUUGCCCAACACAAAAAUUGUCAAAUACUAAAAAAGUAAAUCGAAAAUCAAAAGUUUCUUCUACAAUUCAUGAACAGGAAACUCAAAAUAUUUUAGAAUUUUCAAAACCUAGCAAAAAUUAUUCAUCUAGUGUGCAAGAAGAUUUAACUCAAAUUCCAGAUGUGGACGAUGACUUUUUCAACCGCCCUACUCAAAAAAUUUCAAUUUCUAAUAAUAUAGUAGAAAAACCAAGAAUAUCAAAUUCAAUACAUGAAGAAGAAACACAAAAACCUACAGAGCUUACACAACUCAGUAUAACAAAAACCAAUACUUCUAGCAUUGAUUCUACCAGUAUCAAUGAAAACCUAACAGAGGUUCUUAAAAUAGAUAAUGAAGAUUUUUUCGAUUGCCCAACACAAAAAUUGUUAAUUACUAAAAAAGUACAUCUAAAACCAAAAGUUUCUUCUACAAUUCAUGAACAAGAAACUCAAAAUAUUUUAGAAUUUUCAAAACUUAGCAAAAAUAAUUCAACUGCGUCUAAAAAUUAUUCAACUAGUGUGCAAGAAGAUUUAACUCAAAUUCCAGAAAUGGAUGAUGACUUUUUCAACCGCCCUACUCAAAAAAUUUCAAUUUCUAAAAAUAUAGUAGAAAAACCAAAAAUAUCAAAUUCAAUACAUGAAGAAGAAACACAAAAUCCUACAGAGUUUGCACAACUCAGUAUAACAAAAUCCAAUACUUCUAGCAUUGAUUCUACCAGUAUCAAUGAAAACCUAACGGAAGUUCUUAAAAUAGAUAAUGAAGAUUUUUUCGAUUGCCCAACACAAAAAUUGUCAACUACUAAAAAAGUAAAUCGAAAAUCAAAAGUUUCUUCUACAAUUCAUGAACAGGAAACUCAAAAUAUUUUAGAAUUUUCAAAACCUAGCAAAAAUUAUUCAUCUAGUGUGCAAGAAGAUUUAACUCAAAUUCCAGAUGUGGACGAUGACUUUUUCAACCGCCCUACUCAAAAAAUUUCAAUUUCUAAUAAUAUAGUAGAAAAACCAAGAAUAUCAAAUUCAAUACAUGAAGAAGAAACACAAAAAUCUACAGAGCUUGUGCAAUUCAAUAAUACAAAAACUAGUAUUUCUAACACUGAUUCCAUCAAUAUAAAAAAAGAAUUAACAAAGGUUCUUAAAAUAGAUAAUGAUGAUUUUUUCAACUGUCCAACACAAAAAUUGUCAUUUACUAAAAACACAGAUCUAAAACCAAAAGUGUCUUCUACUGUACAUGAUGAAGUAACACAAGAACUUAUAGAUAAACCUAUUGGAAAUAUAGAAAGUACAUCCAAUAGUAAUACAAUCAGUAAACAUAAAAGUUCAAUUCAGGUUCCCGAAAUAGACAAUGAUUUCUUCAACUGUCCUACACAAAACAUUUCAAUUGCUAAAAAAAUAAAUUUAUUAGCUAAUGUAUCUAGUAUAGCAAAUAAAGAAAAUACUCAAAAACCUGCUGAGUUUUCAGAAUUAAAUAAAACAAAUACUAAUAUUUCUAAGACUGAUUUUACCAAUAAAUAUAAUGAUUUCGAUAAACUAAACAACCAUAGACAAGCUAUUGAACCUGACAAUAAAAACGUUCAAAAAUCAAAGUGUAUUAACUCUAAUACAAUUGACCUAUCAAAUGUCCAACUACCAGUAUGUAACGAUAAUUCUUCUAACAGCUUAAAAAUUAAUAAACCAAAAAUUUAUGUUAGAGAAGAUCUAUGCAUAUCAUAUUCUGGCAAUUCAAGCAAUUCCACAAAUAUCUUAAAUAAACCUAAUGAAAAUACUGUAAUGAAUAAUAUAAAUAUUACAGUGCCUAUUUUAAAAAACAUUAAUUUAACAGGUUGUUCAAAAACUUCUAUUGAUAGAAAAACUGAUUUAAACACAUUAUCCUCUAUUAAGCAAGAACAUUUAACUGAUGAUUCUGUGCAGUCUCGAGUAUCUAUUUCCCGUAAACAUAAUGACCGACUGAAACGAAUGGAUGAAUCUAUAUUUAGUCCAUUAAAUAUACCUGAUAUAAGUGCAAACUCAUUGUUAGAACAUCAUUCAUCUUCAAAAACUGUUGAAGAUAAUUUAAAUGCCUUGAACUGUAAACCAUCUACUUCUAGUAAUGAUGCUUCUGUGUGGAAAUCAUUUUGGAAUAAGAAAAAAGUACAAUGUCAGGUUAAAGGAAAAAGUGAUAAACAAGGUAAUAGCAAAAUCACACAUGAAGUUAAAGAGAAUAAAGAACGGUACCAGACAAGAGCAAUGACUAGAAAAGAAAAUGCAUCAAUACUUAAUAGAAAACGAAAGCAGGAUGGUGUUGAAGAAAGUAACAAAAAAAUAUGUACCAGGAAAAAAAUAUUAGAAUCAUUGGUUGAAAAUUCAACAGAAACUGUUGUUAGUUUUAGUUACCUCAAGAGCCGUCACCUGCAAGAAAUGAAACAAUUUGUUGACAAAACAGGAGGUACGGUUACAGACGAGAUUACAGAAUGUUCAGUGUUGGUAACAGACAAGAUACGUUGUACAAUGAAAAUACUGUCGGCAAUAGCUAGAGGAUGUCCAAUUGUCAAUGCCAAUUGGCUCAAACAUUCUUAUACUGUUCAAAUGUUUCAAGACGUUGAUGAUUUUUUAAUUGUGGAUAAAGAUGCAGAAAGAAAAUACAAGUUUCAGCUAAAAGAAUCAUUAGCCAAAGCCAAAACGAAAAGACUCCUAGAUGGAUAUAAUGUGCUGGUUACUCCAUCAGUGAAACCUGGUCCCCAAGAAAUGAAAGUGAUUAUAAGUUGUGCUGGCGGCAAUUAUGUCUUAAAUUGGACAAAUACACAAUACUCAAAGGAAUUGAUUGUAACGUGCGAUAAAGAUCGCAAUCGAUGGAAGCCAGCGUGGGAUAAUGAUUUUGCCAAAAUAAUAGACAGUGACACUCUUGUAACAUCGAUUAUUAGACAAAAAUUAACUAUAUAAUGUUAUAGGUUACCUCUUGUUAAAAUCUGUACAAAAUGAAAUGUAUAUAGUCACCAGUUAAUAAGUUAAUGUAAUCAAAUAUUUCACCUAAACCAAUUUUAUCUGUACAUAAUACAGUGAAACCUUUACAGUCAUGGGAAAUUAAAUAAUGUCCACUAUAGGAAGUUGUUUACUAUUUGGAAAACCUUUAUAUAGUGGACAUUUGUGAAGAAUUACUAAAUGUCCACUAUUAGAAGGUGCUAUAGGGAAAAGUUACAAACAAUAUGCACAUGAUAUAAACAUGUGUGCAUAUAAGAAAUAUAUUUUACAAAAUGUUAAUUAUUAUUUAAAUGUAUUUAUUAUAAAUAUUUUUGUGAUAUGUUUUUAUCUAGAGUUAAAAAAAAUCAAUUAUUUUUUUUAGCUAAUGUUUUAUAUUUUUUAUAAUGUAUUUACAAAUUGGCUAAUGUGGAUAAUCCAAUCGCAUCUUCAUUAUUUUCAAAUUUUACAAAAUGUAUGAAAAAAUAAAUUUGUAUUUUUACUACCCACUUAAGCGUUUUUUGGAUAGUAUAUUAUAUUAUGGUCAGAUGAAUAGAGAUUAUUUAUAAUUUUGUAAUUGGUUUUUAGUGUCUUUGUUGACUACUGAGUGCCAGUUGUAUUGUAUACAUAUGAUGGGGAUUUAAGAGUGUCCACUUUUGAGAGGUGUCCUUAACAGAGGUUUCACUGUAUUAAUAAUAAUUGAUAAAUAAUUGAGAUGUGUUAUAAAAAAUCUUAAAUUAGAGAUGUAUAUUAGCUGAUAAACAAUAAGAUAUGUUUUUACAUUUAUAAUGAAUAAUGUAUAUUAACUACAUUGUUUUGUUACAAAAAAUACUUUGAAAAUGAAUUAAAAUAACAACUUAAAUAUAGUUUUUAAAAUUGUUA